GGAGAUGUAGAGUGGAAGAGAUGAUAAGAAGAGCCCGGAGGAGGAAGAGGAGAGAAGAACUAGCGUGGCUGCAAUUAAUUUUUUUUUACAGGAAGAUUUAAUCCGAAAAAUAUUUUCAGCCGGGAUUUGUACGGGGUUUUUUUGGUCAUUUCAUGCAACUUGCCGGUUGACUUCAAAGUUAGGCCGGUCAAAGAGGGUUUUUGAUAUUUCCUAAUAACUAGGAGGUUGUUUUCCUUUUCUCUUAGCGCGCACUAAAAACACUGAGGCGCCGUUACUCUAUCCUCUCUCCGCAAGCUUCGCCGCCGCCGGACAAUUUGCAACGCUGAAGCAGUGCUCGGAGUCUCAAACCGCCCUUCCGGCACGGUCUUCAACUCAAGUAUAGCUUAGACAGGAACAUAACUUUAGUGCAGUUCAUUCUCUAUGGAGAUAGAUAAAGAUGCAAAAUCCUUAGUCCUGAUCAAGCAAGGGGCGGAAGCUGUAAGUUUGACAAACGAGAUUCGGUUUUAUUUUAUUUCAUAACAAUUUGAACUGACAUUCUGAACUUUAUCCUUUAACCUGGAAAGCUUAGGUUAAUUAAAACAGACAGUUUAGUUUUUUCGGCAUACUUCAGCUUCUGCGCUUUGAAUGACGACAUUUUUUUUGUAUUAUGGUUUUCUUCACUAUCUGUCUAAGUAAAUGAAUUAUUUAGCCUUCAGAUAAUAUAUGCGAAAAUUGAUCUUAACUAGAAGCACUCGCCUUAGACCAGUUAUUUCUUUAAAUUUCUCAUUUCUUCCAUCUUGAAGUUCCUUAUUGCCUGCGAAUUUGAUACAGAACAGUGCUAAUAACAGAAGUUAACUCUGAUAGUUAGCUACUAAAAAAUGAGAGUCCAUUCAGGAAGCUUGAUUACUGAAAUUAAUGCCUGACCUACUGUAGCAUUUUGCGGAAAUUGUAGUUUGCUUUGCUCUAAACAAAACAUAUCUUACGUUCAUUUUGUUAUCUGCCAUGUUUGGUUUCUCAAAACAUUCAUGCAAUGGAUAUUGGCAUAACCAGGAAGCUGAUAACAAAUGGAUGCUUAUGAUAUAUUUCAACUAUGUGAUUACUGAAUUGCUUUUUCCUUCCACAAGUCUGCUUGCUUAAUAAUUUGGUUGAUACCAUUGUCAGCCUCUAUUAUGACCUGUUUCUUUAAUAAUGUUAUCUUCCUGUAUCAGAGGGUGUUUGAGACUACAUUUAUUGGUAGAAAGUCCAUCAUCAAGGAACGAUUCUCCAAGAAAUAUAGGCAUCCAAUUUUGGACUCGAAACUAACUAUUAAACGGCUGAAUGCAGUAAGGCCAUAAGGGUUUAAUAUAGUGCUGCUUAUCUACUGAUGCAUGGCUUUAUUCCUUACCCUCAUUAUAAUUACUUUAUUAGGAGGCCAGAUGCAUGACAAAAGCCAGACGACUUGGGGUCCAUACUCCAGCACUUUAUGCUGUAGAUCCUGAACUACAUUCUCUCACAUUCGAGUUUGUUGAAGGUUCCUCAGUCAAAGAGAUACUUCUUGACAUGGGAACACAGGGCAUAAUUGAAGAAAGAAUUAGUGAUAUUGCGACCCAGAUUGGUGAUGCAAUUGCAAAGCUGCACGAUGGUGGCCUCAUUCAUGGUGAUCUGACAACAUCAAACAUGCUAGUUAAAAGUGAUUCCAAUCAGCUGGUACUGAUUGACUUUGGUCUAAGCUUCAUCUCAACGCUUCCAGAAGAUAAAGCAGUUGAUCUUUACGUUCUUGAACGAGCACUGAUUUCCAUGCACUCUUCAUGUGGAGAUGUGAUGGAGCGAAUUCUAGAUGCAUACAGGAAGUCCUCAAAGCAAUGGUGCUCAACUCUGAAUAAGCUAGCACAAGUGCGACAGAGGGGAAGGAAGCGAUCUAUGGUCGGUUAAGCUAUUACUACAACGCAUUACCAAACGUAUGUAAAACUGCCCGAAAACUUCCACUGGAAAGUGUUUAUUCUGGUAGUUCUAGCUAAUUGUAGGGAACACCUUUAUCUUUUGCAGACAUAGUUUGACCGGAAUAUAGUUGUUGUAUUAAAAUGGUUUAAGAUUUGUCUAUGUUGUUUUUUCAAUUAUGCAUAACAAUUUUAUACAAAAAAUUAAACAUAAAAAUUAGGUCUAUAAAUCUAACGGUGACUAUGAGUUCUAUAUAUAACGUAGCAAUGAUUUAC